AUGGACACGAUAGACCAGUUCCUGGAAACUGUCGGGAAGGGGGUAUGCCCCCGGGAAUCUGAGGUUAUGAAGUUGUGUAAUAAGGCGCGCAGUAUUCUUGAUGGGGAAUCAAACACGCAUGUUAUUCGCGCACCGUGUACGAUCGUGGGUGACAUUCAUGCUCAAUUCUUUGAUCUUAUUGAGAUGUUUCGUGUGGGAGGUGAUGUUCCUGACGUCAAUUAUGUAUUUAUGGGCGACUACGUCGAUCGCGGCCACCAUGGUGUGGAGACAUUUCUCUUACUGCUUGCCCUUAAGGUGAAGUAUACCAGUCGCGUAGCACUCCUUCGCGGCAAUCACGAGUCCCGCCAAAUCACCCAAGUCUACGGUUUCUACGACGAGUGCCUUCGUAAGUACGGAAGUGUAAACGUGUGGCGCUACUGCACAGAUGUAUUUGAUCUCCUUCCUCUCGUGUGUGUUGUCGAGGAAAAGAUACUGUGUGUGCACGCUGGGCUUUCGCCAAUGAUUUCCACUGUAAGUCAAAUGGAGGCUAUCGAGCGCCGGUGUGAGGUACCGCAUGAAGGGGCCAUGUGUGAUCUCUUAUGGUCAGAUCCUGAGGAAAUUGAAGGGUGGGGCCUAAGCCCGCGCGGCGCUGGAUACCUCUACGGCGAGGAUGUCGUACGUACUUUCCUUGAAUCGAAUAAACUGGACCUUCUGUGCCGUUCGCACCAGCUUGUGAUGGAAGGUUACAAGGUAAUGUUCAACGAUGCGCUUGUGACUGUCUGGUCGGCGCCGAACUAUUGCUAUCGCUGCAUGAAUGUCGCCUCGAUUCUAGAGUUAGACGAACACCUCAACAAAAAUUUUAAACUUUUUGAGGCCGCUCCGGAUGAUGCACGGGAGUCGUCCAAGCCUACUGUGCCGGAUUAUUUCUUGUAA